GUCUCUACCAUGUACAAAGGUGGACAACAACCCACCAUCAAAGGUGCGCAACCAAAGAAGGAAGCAGAUGUUGUCGUGCUUCAGGGUCCUUAUCCCUAUCGACUAAGCUUCUACGAUCGGCCACCAUUGUACGACGUAACAAUCGAGGACUUUGAGACAUUUGCUCUAGACCGUUUGCGCAUCCUUGCAGAGAUUGAGGCUUCCUAUGCUCGGAAUCGGUCUUGGGAUGAACUCAGGACAGUGACUGAAGCCCAGUGCAAGAAGUAUGACCUCUGGCUCAGUAGCAACACAGCUCGUUCGCAAUUCAUAGAUCUGGAGCGGAAGAAGGAUCACCUCAGUCAUUUCGUUCUGAGGCUUGCAUUCUGCCGUUCAGAGGAGCUUCGGCGGCGUUUCGUCAAAGCAGAGACCACACUCUUUCGGGUGCGAUAUGAGAAAGAUGACACGAAGGAGCUCACGCAGUUCCUCUCGUCUCAGGACUUUGGUUGGGAGAAGGUGGACCCACCAGAGAAAGCCACAUACGAGAGUGAACUCCGUGCUCUACUUCCAAACGUGGGCGACAAAGAGUUUAAGGACAUCGUGUUCUACAAGGUCAAAUGGACGAGGGUUCCCGACCUAGUUGCAAAGAGGAGGGUGUUUUUGCGGCGAGGCCAAGCUUUUGUCCCUACCACAUUGCAAGCAAGCAUUGUUUUCCAUGCCUUCGAAACCCAGCUCGAGAAGGCUCUAGAGCGCACAGCGAAGGGAUUGCCGCGUCUAGAUGAGGAUACACGCAUUGUACCUAUUCUCAACAACCUCUCGCAAGGCUUUCUGGCAGGAGUGCCAUCUGAGUGGACCAACGCAACACCAACAAUGGAUGGCGAGUUACGUGCUGAGAUGGUGGAUGGCCUCGCCAAGAAGCACUUCCCUAUGUGCAUGCGUAACUUGCAUGAGUCGCUCAUGAGGGAUCACCACCUAAAGCACUUCGGAAGACUUCAAUAUGGUCUCUUUUUAAAGGUGCUAGGUCUUUCAAUAGAAGAAGCUGUCGCAUUUUGGCGCAAGUCGUUCAGUAGCAUCACAGACGACAAGUUCAACAAAGAGUAUAAGUAUAAUAUCCGCCACUCGUAUGGAUUAGAGGGUAAACGAGCCAACUAUCCCGCAAAGAGCUGUCAGCAAAUUCUCCUUUCAGACCAACCCGGCCCUUCAGAUUGUCACGGAUGCCCCUACCGUCACUUUGCCCCCGAUAACCUGCAAACGAGCUUGUUGACUUACUACUCGAACCAAGGCCUGACCUCUAGUAACCUUCCGGAGAUCAUGAAGACUGUGAAGGAGGGCCACUACCACGUCGCAUGCACGCGUGUCUUCGAGAUCACUCACACGUCGAAAGGAGUAGAGAAGGGUCAAGGAAUUGGAAGUGGGGAGAGUGUGACGCAUCCUAAUCAGUAUGCAGCAAGAAGCAGGGAGUUGGAGAAGCCACAGGAAGGUGGCACCAGCAGCGACACUGCUAUGGUUGUCGGCUGAGCUGAUCAACAUCGUCCGUCGCCGUUGUUUUCUAUCUCUGUAACACAUAUUGCUAUGUAUCUUACCUUCUGCUCC